AUGAAAGGCAUCCUCGGCCUUUCGCUGCUCCCGCUGCUGACGGUUGCGUCACCGGUGAUGCCUAGCACCAUCCAUAACGACGCAGCUCCCAUCCUCUCCUCCUCCAACGCCGUCGAGGUUCAGGACUCGUAUAUCAUCGUUUUCAAGGACCAUGUGAACUCUGCUGCCGCAGCAGCUCACCACACCUGGGUGCAGGACAUCCAUCAUCAACACAACGAGCUCCGGAAGCGAUCCCAGUUCCCCUUCGAGGGCGAUCUUUUCACAGGCCUCAAGCACACCUUUGAUAUUGCCGGGAGCUUUCUAGGCUACUCUGGACACUUCGAGGAGAAUGUUAUUGAAGCUAUCCGCCGACAUCCUGAUGUUGAUUACAUCGAGAAAGAUUCUAUCGUCCAUACCAUGGAAGACCCGACUAUUGAGAAGAACGCUCCAUGGGGUCUGGCUCGUAUCUCUCACCGAGAGAGCUUGAGCUUUGGAAGCUUCAACAAGUACCUGUACGCUGCCGACGGCGGUGAAGGUGUUGAUGUCUAUGUCAUUGAUACCGGUACCAACACUGAUCACGUUGACUUUGAGGGCCGUGCCUCCUGGGGCAAGACUAUCCCCCUGAACGAUGAGGAUGUCGAUGGCAAUGGCCACGGCACUCAUUGCUCGGGAACUAUUGCCGGCAAGAAGUACGGUGUUGCCAAGAAGGCGAACGUGUACGCCGUCAAGGUCUUGAAGUCGAACGGUUCUGGUACCAUGUCCGACGUCGUCCAGGGUGUCGAGUGGGCUGCCACACAACACAUCAAGAAGGUCAAGUCUGCCAAGGCCGGCAAGGCCAAGGGCUUCAAGGGCAGCGCCGCCAACAUGAGUCUUGGUGGUGGUAAGUCUGUCACCCUUGACAGGGCUGUCAACGCCGCUGUAGAUGCUGGUAUCCACUUCGCCGUUGCUGCUGGUAACGAUAAUGCCGACUCAUGCAACUACUCCCCUGCUGCCGCCGAGAAGGCCGUCACUGUCGGUGCCUCUACACUGGCUGACGAACGUGCCUAUUUCUCCAACUACGGCGCAUGCAACGACAUCUUUGCCCCUGGUCUUAACAUUCUGUCCACUUGGAUCGGCAGCAAGUACGCCGUCAACACCAUCUCUGGUACCUCGAUGGCCUCUCCUCACGUUGCUGGCCUUCUGGCCUACUUGCUUUCUCUCCAGCCAGACACAGAUUCUGAAUUCGCUGUUGCUGAGAUUACCCCCAAGAAGCUCAAGGAGAACUUGAUUUCUAUCGGCACCCAGGGUGCCUUGACUGAUGUUCCAUCCGACACCACCAACAUUCUGGCUUGGAACGGUGGCGGCUCUGCUAAUUACACUGACAUCGUUGCCAAGGGUGGCUACAAGACGAAGGCCCUCAGCGAUGAAGUUGACGAAUUGAUUAUUAAGGCCCAGGAGGUCGUUAACGAGGAGCUUGGUGCUAUCUACAGUCACAUCAAGGAUGCCGUUGUCGCAUAG